AUGGCAAACACCGUGCUUCAGCUGCUACUGCUGCUUUCUUGCAUCACCAGCACCACCACCACGCCUGCCGCUCCAAGAAACCGACAAGGCAUCCGGAAAUUCCCAUCUGCCAGUUGUCCAUCCAAAUGUGGCCGUCAACCAAUCCAAUUUCCCUUCGGCAUCAGCCCUGACUGCUCCCGGCAUACUGGCUUUGCUCUCAUCUGCGACAACACCACAAAACCUCCACGGCUCUAUCUCAGGGACCGUGUCGCGGAGGUGAUUUCCAUGGGCGACUACCGCGCUCCACUAGCUUCCUAUGGUGUAUAUAUCAACUUCUCAAUUGCCAUCUCAACGAGACCAGGUGCUGAAAUGCACAAUGCAGCACUAAAGACGCCCUCCAGCAAUUUUGUUUUCUCUCUCUCCAUGCUGUGGAUCAAUGUGUGCGACUUCUACACCUUUUUGAUUGGAAAUUCAAACGUAAAUCCAGAUAUUCCAAUUUGCACUACUACUACAUUGUGCGACAAACAAGGCUCGGACGAAUCGGGCACAAAUAUGUACGGGAAGAAAUGUAGCUUCGGACCAGUCUCAGACCCUGAUAUGGUUGCCAAUGCCGUGCGGCUCAAGUUUGUCCCCGUCAAGGAGUCCCAGCAGGUGCAGCACCAAAUUGCCUGGGUGGCAGCUCGAAUAUACUGGAAUAUAAAUGAUCAACGUACAUGUGCUGCCAUUUCGGCAGAUGAGGUCAACUUUGCCUGCGUCAGCAACCAUAGCUCGUGCGUGGAUACCAUGUACAUGUCUGGUUAUGCAUGCCGUUGCGAUGCUGGGUACAUGGGCAACCCGUAUGUAGUCGGUGGCUGCUCGCGUGAUCACGGGUACAAUCCAUCAGCUCGGCGAAAUGUGAAGUGCACUCGGUCUUGUGGUAAAAUAAAGGUUCCAUUUCCAUUUGGACUAGAAGAUGGAUGUGCUGCAAAGUUUGAAUUUUACCUCCGCUGCACUCCAUAUUUCACGCUACAAUUACUAUUAGAAACUACAGAGACAUAUAUCACAACCAUCAAUAUCACUGAAGGGUUCUUCGACACCGAAGAUACCUCUCAAGAUCAGUCGUUAUUUUCUGUCAGUGACCCAUUCUACAUUGUUGAUAGAGACUCAAGGAGACUUCAAUUGGUCAUCGCAAAUCUAACUUGUGAAGAGGCACCUCGAAAUAAGUCCACAUAUGCAUGUGUUAGCCUCAAUAGCAAAUGCUUGCAUGUCAACUCGACAGCAAUUGGUUAUCGUUGUAAAUGCGAUGAUGGCUAUGCAGGAAAUCCAUAUGUUAUUGGCCCCGAUAGCUGUCAAGGUACUCCCCGCUACAGUGUAGAUGUUCAAUGA